AUGAAAGAGCUACAUGUCUCUGACUACUGCCAGACCCUCACUUUGCCCAAGCCAUUGGUUGAGUUCGCCAAUCGUCCCAUGAUCCUCCAUCAGAUCGAGAGCUUGGCAGCUGCUGGUGUGACCGACAUCGUCUUGGCCGUCAACUACCGACCCGAUAUUAUGGCUAAAGCCUUGAAGAAAUAUGAAGAAGAAUACAACGUGAACAUCGAAUUCUCCAUUGAGACCGAGCCUCUUGGAACGGCGGGCCCUCUCAAGUUGGCUGAGAAGACCCUUGGCAAAGACGACUCGCCAUUCUUCGUCCUGAAUUCAGACGUCAUCUGUGACUACCCCCUCGAGGAGCUUGCCGCAUUCCACAAAUCGCAUGGUGAGGAAGGCACAAUCGUGGUCACGAAAGUCGAGGAACCGUCAAAAUACGGUGUAGUCGUACACAAGCCAGAUCACCCAUCGAGAAUUGAUCGUUUCGUCGAGAAGCCGGUUGAGUUCGUUGGCAACCGAAUCAAUGCUGGUCUAUACAUCCUCAACCCUAGCGUUCUAAAGCGCAUCGAGCUUCGUCCCACAUCCAUUGAGCAAGAGACGUUCCCAGCUAUUGUCAAGGACGGCCAAUUACACUCUUUCGACCUUGAAGGUUACUGGAUGGACGUCGGGCAGCCGAAAGACUUCCUCAGCGGCACCUGUCUCUACCUCUCUUCUUUGACUAAAAAAGGCUCAAAGAAAAUUGAGGCAUCCUCAAAGCCAUAUGUAUACGGAGGCAACGUGAUGGUUGAUCCCUCGGCGAAGAUUGGCAAGAAUUGCAGAAUCGGUCCAAAUGUCACUAUUGGGCCAAAUGUUGUCAUUGGCGAUGGCGUGCGGAUACAGCGGUCUGUGCUCUUGGAUGGUAGCAGGGUCAAAGAUCAUGCAUGGGUCAAAUCUACCAUUGUUGGUUGGAGAAGCACGAUUGGCAAGUGGGCUAGACUCGAGAACGUGUCAGUGCUCGGAGAAGACGUUACAAUUGGGGAUGAGAUCUACGUCAAUGGAGGAUCGAUCUUGCCGCACAAGUCGAUCAAGCAAAAUGUUGAUGUCCCUGCGAUCAUCAUGUAG